GCGAGUUUGUUUUGCUGCAGGUCUCCUGCGUGGAAUGACAUAGUGGAGUGGGAGGGCCACUUGGUUGUAACUAAUAAGGAGCUCUAUCAGUCGGCGAUCCCACUGUGACUUAUUUCCAAGUCCUCAAACCCGCAAUCGGACUGAUCGUUAUCUCACAUGGACUAUGCGCUGAUUCCUGCUUUUUCUACCUUACUGCAUUAGAGGAAACUUUCCCCGCAACUGUUUUCAAGGAAACAACUUUAUUGUGUCAGAGCCAUGACCUGCCUGCUAAGAUGGACUGCUUAUCUUUGGACUUUUCUCUUAAUUCCUUGCAUUUUCGGAAUGGCAGUUAAUGAACGGACAGAUGAUUCCUGUCCAAUACUGAAUGUAGAGGUUCUCAGGUUUUCUGAUAGCUUCGAUGAAACGCUGGAAAUCACAGGAUUUGAUCUCACAGAAAACUUUCUUCUCCGAAAGGGGACAGUCACAGAAGACUUGCCUUCAUUUCGCCUGGGAAGCGACCCACUUAUCAAGCCAACUAUACAAGUAUUCCCAACUGGAUUGCCAAGUGAAUUUUCCCUUGUCACCAUCUUUCGUGUGAGAAGAACUACAAAAAAAGACCGAUGGUAUCUUUGGCAGAUAUUCGACCAGGCUGGAGAAACUCAGGUGUCAGUUGUGGUUGAUGGCGGCAAGAAGGCGGUGGAGUUCUCCUCGCAAGGCCUGCUGAAAAACGUCCUCCGCUACACGUUUAAGAGCCGUGACCUACACAGCCUUUUUGAUCGCCAGUGGCACAAGUUGAGCUUUUCUGUACAGAGCAACAUCGUCUCCGUUUACAUGGACUGCAAGCUAAUUGAAAGGAGGCUGACUGCUGAAAGGGAUGGCAUCGACCCGAGUGGGCGUACACUCAUCGCCACCCGAAUACAAGAUGGACGGCCUGUAGAUGUUGAACUCAAACAAAUUAUCAUAUACUGUGAUCCUUAUAUAGUCGAUAUGGAAACAUGCUGCGAGAUACUUGAGCCAAAGUGUGAAGCCAAGAAGACAUUUAACGACACUUCCCCAGCCCCAGUUCCAGUGCAGCUUCCACAGAUGCUGUUUCAGCUUGCCACACAGCCAAAUGACAGAUGUCACUGUCCAGUUGUAAAGGGGGAUGCUGGACUUCCAGGUCAAGUUGGACUUCCUGGACCAAAAGGCGACAUGGGAGAAAAAGGAGACCUAGGGGAGGCCUGCAGUCCAGGAAGCCAGGGUCCGAAGGGAGAAGAUGGAUUAGAAGGACAGAAGGGGGUCAACGGGGAGAAGGGUCCGACAGGUGACCCGGGACCAGUUGGUCCAAAGGGGGAAAAAGGUGAUAUUGGUCUCCCUGGAGCUCCAGGGCUGCCUGCUGUCAACGAAUGCCACAAAGGAGAUCAAGGCCCCCGUGGUGACAAAGGAGAGAAGGGAUUCGAUGGAGUGCCUGGCCAGCCAGGGGAACCAGGAAAGGAGGGCAAAAGGGGGCGUAGAGGAAAGACUGGGAUGCCUGGACCUGAAGGAAAGCCUGGGGAGAAGGGUGAGCCUGGCAUCUCGGAGGAAAAGGGGGCAAAAGGAGACCCUGGUCAGCCAGGUUCCCAGGGCGACGAAGGGAUGAAAGGACAGAAAGGUGAUGCUGGCCCCCCUGGUCCCCCUGGUCCUGUGGUGACAGCUCAUGGGUUGAAGCAGAUCUCUGGAACUGAUGAAAUGAUCAUUUUGCAGAAGGGAGAAAAGGGAGAUCGGGGAAACAUUGGGCUGCCAGGACAGAAAGGAGAUCAAGGUCCUGAGGGCAAACAAGGACCAUCUGGUUCGACUGGACUCCCCGGCCUCCCAGGAGAGCCAGGCUCUUCAGGAUUGCCUGGUAGAGAUGGCUUGAAAGGAGAGAAGGGAGACUUGGGAGAUGUGAUGGGACUUCAGGGACCCCCAGGACCAAAGGGUGAGCCUGGUGAACCUGGAUUUGUGGGUGACGGGCUGAUUUUGUCCAGAGCCACCCGUGGCCCCAAGGGGGAGCGCGGUGUCCCAGGACUACCUGGGGAGCAUGGUGAAAAAGGCGAGCCUGGCGAGAGCAUCACAGGCAUGCCUGGCCCCUUGGGACCUCCUGGAAAGCCAGGAAUUGAGGGUGUUCGUGGAGCCCCAGGUUCACCUGGGCCUGCUGGAUCUCCAGGAAGAGGGGGCCCUCCUGGUAGACCGGGGCCCCCUGGCCCAGCUGGACCUCCAGGUGAACCAACUGCACUACCAAUUGUUGGAGACAUGGGGGCUUUGCUCAAGAAUGCCUGCAGUGGUUGUCAGAUGAGAGUUUCCGGGCUGACUGGACAGAAAGGAGAGAAGGGCUCCCCUGGAGUGCUUGGAAAUGAUGGCAUGGUGGGAGAAAAGGGGGAUCCAGGUGUAAGAGGUCCAAUCGGGAAUCCUGGGAAGGAAGGCCCAAAGGGACUAAAAGGAGAGCGAGGCUUUCCUGGCCCCACAGGCGAUAAGGGUGAUGAGGGGCCGACCGGAGUCCCAGGACUUCCUGGAGUGAUAGGUCGUACCGGGGAGCCGGGGCUCAUGGGUCGCCCAGGUUCAAAGGGUCAAACUGGCUUUAAAGGAGAAAGAGGAAAUGAGGGACCUCCUGGUCGACCAGGCCUGCCAGGACCUCCAGGCCAACCCUACGUGGAGGGCAAUGGGAUGAGCAAUCUGUACAAGCUGCAGAGUGGUGGAGCUAUUUUAGGACCCCCCGGGGCUCCUGGCGCACCGGGUCCCAAAGGAGAUGAAGGAGUCGCUGGAGAACCGGGUCUCAUGGGAUUACCCGGGCUCGAAGGUCUACCCGGUGCGAAGGGUGAUGUCGGUCCGUCUGGCCCACCGGGAAUACCAGGGCCUACAGGGAAGCCCGGCCCUCGGGGAGAACCAGGCAUCCCAGGAGAGCCGGGUGAGAGGGGGCCACUCGGAGAGACGGGGUUCCCGGGACCCGAGGGACCGCAAGGUGUUGCUGGCAGACCUGGAAAAGACGGUACUCCCGGCUACAAGGGAGUACCAGGAAGAACGGGGGACAGAGGAUCCAAAGGUGAACGUGGUGAUCCAGGAAUUCCUGGAGAGAGAGGUGUCCAGGGAGAGAGAGGACGCCCAGGAGAUAGUGGCCUAAUUGGCCCAAGUGGACCUUCGGGAAGAAAAGGAGAUAUUGGCCCUCCUGGACAGUUGGGUGACCCCACCUUUAUGGAAGAAAUCAAAAUGUUCAUCAGGACUGAAAUAUUAAGGAUCUUCGAAGAAAAGUUGUCCAGUUCUGUCACGCUCCAGAAGCUGCCUGCAGGAAUUUUAGCCUCACAAAUCCAAGGACCUCCAGGACUGCCUGGCAAGGAUGGCUUGCCGGGCUUACCAGGAGAUCCUGGUUCUCCUGGUCCUCAAGGCUACAGAGGGCAGAAAGGAGAAAGAGGUCAGGUUGGUCUCGGGCUACCCGGUGAUCCAGGACCUAUGGGAACACCAGGCCUUCCCGGGGCAACUUCUCAGGGUCCUCCGGGGCCGCGUGGACCUGCAGGGAUGUGCGACCCCAGCGACUGUCACCGGUUAGAGCCCAGCGCGGCCUUCACCCAUCCUGUGCAGCCGGACGCUGUUCGCAACAGGAAACGAGGGACGGCAUGACUGGCGUCCCACACUGGGUCUAUCCCAACACUACUUUGGUACUGUACAGUCAGGGGCUUUUUUUGUGACCUUGCUAACGGGCUUGUGUUGAAUGCAAUCUUACUAUUUUUUUGCAAAGAUGUACUUUUGGGUUCGGUCUUAUUUUUUUUACCCGACCCUCCUUCCUGCUGUGAUGUAAUGCAUUCCUUGUCAACUCAUUAAGUCUCUCAAGUCCGAGAAAUGACUUUGUUUAGUCACUUUGAGCCCCGUCGGAAUAACAUGAUCUUAAUUAUUUGUUUGCCUCCUUAAUUAACACGCCUUGCACAUUUCUGUUCUCAUUCAGAUAAGCCAUUGCCCUGUUUAUGCGUGCAUGUGUGUCGAAAGACGAAAAAGAAAGAGAUUAGCUGUUCGUUUUAAUGUCGCUCUUUACUUCUGUCAACUCUGCGAUGUGGUCUUUGCGUUGAGCAGUCGCCCUGUGGAACUCCUUAUCAGACCACUACAGAGCCUGUGGGUGACCUAACACAUUUGAAUAAUAGUCUGAUAAUAGAAUUGUGUUUGAGGGAGAGAGUGUGAGAAACAUCUAAAAUGAGAAAAAAUCUCCUUAAAAAAAAUCCAGCGCCUUAUGUAAAACCAAAGUGCAUCCACUGUGUCUGAUAUAGAAUUAUUUAUUUUUGUGGUGAGAUCUUAAAGAAUAUAUUAAAAGAGCUCAGCUCUUUUUUUCUGGAAUGGGGAUUAACCCAAUUUUGUAUGUGUGGACUAUUUUAGGUUAUAAAGUGAUUUACAUCGUGCAUGAUAAUUAUUAACAAACGAAACUAAAUAUGUCUUCCCAUUUACUGGGUCUUCAAAUUGCUUUGGUAUAGCAACUGCCUGUUGGAAAAAAAAAAAAAAAAAGGCGAAUCGCAUCACAGGGCGGAUUGAUACAUGAGGAAAUAAUGUGCUGAGUUUAAAUGUUUCAUGAGGCAUAGACUCAAGUCAAUAAAGUAAAAAUGAAAUUAAAAGAAAACGCAUGCGUAAAGCUCUAUUGUUAGAAGACUCAUAAUUGACAUUAUAAAUUAUUACAUAUAACAAAUUUGAUGUGAAAUGUUCCCCUUUUUUCUUUUCUGAUUAUAUUUUGUUGUAUUUAAGUCAGGUGUUUGUUUUAUUUUUCGUCUUGUAGUUUAACAACUUAGAUAUCAGUUUAUGACUUCUUUCAUAUUAUUGAAACAUUUUGUUUACCAGUCCUAAUCUUAAAGUUUUGCCUACCUAAUUUAGUUACCCUCUUAAUAUACCAAGUUUAUUUUUUUCCCCUUGUACAUUGUGGCUUUUCUAACCUACAAGCUUUAUUCUCACACAUUGAUAUCAUCAAAUAAUUUAAAACAUCAUUAGAAUAAAUAUGUCCACAAGGGUUUCAUAACUUUCUCACAACAAUAUACUUUUAUUCUUGUAAAGCGAUAUGUUUCUCGUAACAGUGUGACUUUAUUGUACUAGAAUUGCAAAUUAAUUCUUAUAAUUUGACGACUUCAUUCUCACUAGACUUUUUUUAUCAUGUUUCUACUUCUACAAUGCUGCAAGACUUUAUUUGUGUGAUAUUGCAAUUGAAUCAAUUUAACACAUUUAAAUGACUUUAUUGUUGUAAUUGCAUUUAUUUAUUGUUACUAUGUCCCUAGUGCUCCUUCAUACACAUUGUUAUCCUUGCCUUCGUGUUUAAAUACUCCCAGUUGUAUACCAGGAUAAUGAGUGAUGAUGAGGGAAUUUCUUUUGCACGUGAAUUUUGGUUUGGGCUAAUGGGGCUUGUAAUGGGACCUGAUGAUGUAAUUACACAAGCAAGUUAUCAUUUUAACGACGUGUUAAGGUUCUCAGUUACACACGAUUAGAAAGGCUGAUGCUUUGUGUGGCUUAAUUGAUUUCAAGUCUCGUGUUGAGUUUACACAGUGUUUGCAAAUGAUGAUUCAUCUGGUGUUAUUUAUAUAUAUUUGCUUUUCAACGUCUCCAAAGUAAUCGGAACACUACACUCAACAUUUCUACUUGACGUGGUAACAUCAAGGUUCUUUUUCUUUUAUUUCAUUGUCUUAAGACUGGAAGAUUUUUAUUGAUUUAUUUGCUUGCUUUAUUUCUCAACUCGUUUUAAUGUACUGAUUGUACGCUUUGAGUCAAACAGACAUUACAGUAAUAAAUAAUAUUGCCAUAAUACAUUUCUUCAUGCAGUUCUGCAAGUUUAAACUUUGUGAAAAUAAUAUAUUAUUUGGUGCCGUGGUAAUGAAAGUUGGACACAAAGGCUUUAAUUUGUAACAUGUCCUGUUGUAUUUGAUAAUGUACAAGAUUGGUGACUGAGUUUCUGACAGGCUUUUCGCCACAUCUUUUUGAAAUUGUGUUUCUUUUCGUUUUUCUUUCAAGUUCUUUCAAAGAGCAUCACAACCUCCACAAAAUAUGUUUGUAUGUUUUGUUACUAAAGCAUAGUUUUGUCAUCAUCUGGAUUGUAAAAUGUGAGUGGGUCUUAUUUGAAGCCUUCAUUUAUGAGUCUAAAGAGCCCCCUGCUGGAUAAGAGUAAAAUGUAGGAAAGGGACUGAGCAAUAGGUUUUCUGUUGGCUUGUGGCUUUUUUCAUCAUGUUCCUCUUAAUGGGCUCCCUUCUGAGACAAUUAAGCUGACCUUGAUCGAAUUCUGAGGGCAUGAAAAGUAAUCUGAACUUCUUGUUUUUUUCUCUGGUGUACUGAUGAGAGCUUCUCGUGUGUGCACUUAAUAUUCACAUCACUUCAAUUUAGCUCCGAUAACGAGGGAGGACUGAAAAGUGACUUCUGAUGUCAGCUCACAUCACCAGCAUUUCAGUGCAAAUCUAUUUAACUGUAAAUUGAGUGCAAACACAAAAGUGUGGAUUGUGCAUCAUUUAUUGGAACAAUGACGUCAUUUUAAUCACCUGCUUAUCUUGUCAUUUUGUUCUAUACAAUCCUCAAAUGCAAAGUUAUUGUGAAACCAAAUGUGUCAUGUAAUCUUGUGAAUAAACUUGUAAUGAGGGGAGUAUGGAUCAGCAUCUCAGCAUGCUCUCUCAGAUUCAAAAUGUCUGCCUGCUGCUCUCACAGCAACUCUGUUGAUAAAUUGGUGUCGUGCUAAGUGUCCUUUUUGUCCUCCUUUUUGUUUGCUUCAAUAUCUACCUCACUUUGUUUGACACGUAAUUAGCUAUUUUGGAAAUGUUCCUUUUUUUUUUGUUUAUGUUUUCCCAUGUGAGUUUACCAUGAGCAGAAGUUCUCUGACAUGUUUCUUUGCAACAUUUUCUUGAUCUGAACUGACAUUUGCCUUACUUGUAUGCAAUAAACGUUAUGUCGUGCUUUA